AUGUAUAAAAGAUUCUGUUUUGAUCGGGCAAUCAUCAGUUGCUCAUCGGGAAGCCAAGUAAAUCAACCAAAAAUAAAAAUGAAACUCAUCGUAGUAGUGUUCGCUUUAGUGGCGGUAGCCAUCGCCGCUCCCCCGGAGCCCCCAAAGAUCUUACGAAGCGAUUUCGACCAGCAGCCCGAGGGAGGAUACUCGUUCAAUUUUGAAACCGAAGAUGGAAUUUCUCGCAAUGAGAACGGCGAGUUGAAGGAAGCUCUUGAUGAAGAGAAUAAACCCCAUAAAGUGGUCAUAGUGCGUGGUUCCUAUAGCUACACCAACCCAGAAGGAAAACCUGAGACUAUCAAUUAUUACGCUGACGAGACCGGCUUUCAUGCGGAAGGCGACUCUAUCCCGAAACCUGCAAGAAAGUAAUAAGUUAUAAAUGCCGUCUCUAUGCUCUGCUAGUACAUUGAAAUAUACCUACACAAUUCCGUAGUAAGUAUUACUAUUAAACACAACCGAUUACCAAAUGGUAAUCGGGUGUGUUUAAUAGUAGAUUUGGAUAAUAUUUCCAUCAAUUUAUAAAGGAAAUAUUAUUCCUACUACGUUGCUAUAAUUUAGGUAGGCAUGUACCUUUGUGGGCACUGAUAUAUUUUCUUACCAUACAUACAGUAAUUUGUAAUAAUUUGUUGUAUACUUUAUACUUUUAUUAAUA